CUCCUCUUGGGUAAUUAUAAUUAGUUUUAGAUGAACCAAACAAUCCCAAAAUAAUAUUAGAAAAAGGGAAGAAAAUCUGAAACCAAAAAAAACGAGAAGGGAGUCGAAGAAGAACCUUUCGCGCUCUGACGAAAUUCAUUACUUACACUGGAUUUAUACUUUUUUUGUCUUCCUCUCUCAAUUAUCUCCUUCAACGCCACAAGAUCCUAAGGCCUCUCACGGAUCUCUCUUAAGAUCAAUCGCCGCGGCUCAUGACGCAGUCGCCUGUUCAACCGCCUCCGCCGCUCCCAGCUCAGCCGCAUUCCGCCGCCGGAGGUGUAAUAAGAGGCGAUGUACAGGUUAGGUGCGCAGGCUGUCGCGUGAUUCUGAGGGUGAAAACCGGCGUUGUGGAGUUCUCGUGUCCGACUUGUCAACUUCCCCAAAUGUUGCCGCCGGAGCUUCUUUCUAGGGCACGGCCGCAGUUUCCGCAGUCUCCACAACAACCACCACAGCCAAUUCAGACGCUUCCGCCACCGAUUCAACAGCAGCUUAAGCCUCUUAAUCUACCUAGGCCUCCGGUUCCGGCACAUGGAAUCGAUCCGACGAAGAUGCAAUUGCCUUGCGCUAACUGUCAGGCUAUCCUCAAUGUGCCUCAUGGACUCACUCGGUUCUCGUGUCCUCAGUGCCAUGUCGAGCUCGCUGUUGAUGUCUCCAAGCUUAAUCGGUCUUUAACUGCUUCUCAAUCUCAUUCUAAUCCUCCUACUCCUGCUGCUCCCACAGUCCCGCCUCCGCCUCCUCCCGAAGAAGUCAAUGAGGAAGCUAUUGAAGUGGAGAGAGAAGAAGAUGAAGGUGGAACGGCUGGAGAAACGUUUAUGGAUUAUCGUCCCCCAAAACUUUCGAUCGGACCUCCUCAUCCUGAUCCAAUUGUGGAAACAUCAUCUCUAUCUGCAGUGCAACCCCCAGAGCCUACUUAUGAUCUCAAAAUCAAGGAAGAGCUUGAAAGGUCAAAGGCUUUAUCGUGUUUGCAGAUUGAGACAUUAGUUUACGCUUGCCAGAGGCAUCUCCAGCACCUUGCUGAUGGUACCAGAGCAGGCUUUUUUGUUGGAGAUGGUGCUGGUGUGGGCAAAGGGCGAACAAUUGCCGGGUUGAUUUGGGAAAAUUGGAAACAUGGAAGGAGGAAAGCUUUGUGGAUUUCUAUUGGCUCAGACUUGAAAUAUGAUGCAAGAAGGGACUUGGAUGAUGUGGGUGCUACAUGCGUUGGAGUGAAUCCUUUGAACAAGCUACCCUAUUCUAAGCUUGACUCGAAAAAUGUUGGUAUUAAAGAAGGAGUGGUAUUCUUGACAUACAAUAGCCUCAUUGCUUCCUCUGAGAAGGGCCGUUCUCGUUUACAGCAGCUUGUUCAAUGGUGUGGACCAGAAUUUGAUGGUCUCUUGAUCUUUGAUGAGUGCCAUAAAGCGAAAAAUUUGGUACCUGAAGCUGGGAGUCAGCCGACACGCAUCGGACAGGCAGUUGUUGACAUUCAGGAUAAGAUCCCCCAAGCACGUGUUAUUUAUUGCUCGGCUACUGGGGCAUCAGAACCACGAAACAUGGGUUAUAUGGUCAGGCUUGGUCUUUGGGGAGCUGGAACAAGUUUUAGUGAUUUUAACAAAUUCCUAGGUGCCCUUGAUAAAGGUGGGACAGGAGCGUUGGAAUUGGUUGCCAUGGAUAUGAAAGCGAGGGGGAUGUAUGUAUGCCGAACCCUGAGUUACAAAGGGGCUGAGUUUGAGAUUGUUGAAGCUCGUUUAGAAGCAGGAAUGGAGGCAAUGUACAAUAAGUCUGCAGAAUUUUGGGCAGAGCUACGGAUAGAGUUGUUGUCAGCAAGUGCUUUUCUCCCUAACGAGAAACCAAAUUCUAGUCAGUUGUGGAGAUUAUACUGGUCAAGCCACCAGCGUUUCUUUAGACACCUGUGUAUGUCAGCUAAAGUCCCUGUAACUGUGAGGUUAGCUAAGAAAGCCUUGUCAACAAACAAGUGUGUAGUUAUUGGCCUUCAGAGUACUGGAGAGGCUCGAACCGAAGAGGCUGUAAAUAAAUAUGGUCUUGAGCUUGAUGAUUUUGUCUCGGGACCUCGAGAGCUCUUGUUGAAAUUUGUGGAAGAGAAUUAUCCCUUACCCGAGCAGCCUGAACCUCUGUCAGAGGAUGAUAGUGUUAAAGAACUUCAGAGGAAGAGGCAUUCAGCUUCACCUGGUGUUUCAAUUAGAGGGAGAGUAAGAAAGAUGGCAAAGUGGAAACCAGAUAGUGAUAAUGAAAGUGAUUUGGAGUCUGAAGCUGACUCUGCUGACGAUUCUAAUGAUUCUGAUGAUGAGUUCCAGAUAUGUCAGAUAUGCAGUGGGGAAGAUGAAAGGAAGAAGUUGCUCCAUUGUUCUGAAUGUGACAAGCUUUUUCAUCCGGACUGUGUGGUUCCUCCAGUUAUAGACUUACCAUCUGAAGCGUGGAUUUGCUUUUCUUGUAAGGAAAAGACAGAGGAGUACAUUCAAGCAAGACGUCUUUACAUUGCCGAAUUGCAGAAAAGGUAUGAAGCAGCGCUUGAACGAAAAUCAAAGAUCAUAGAGAUCAUCCGUUCUCUGAAUCUUCCAAACAAUCCUUUGGAUGACAUCGUCGAUCAGCUUGGAGGCCCUGAAAAAGUUGCAGAAAUGACGGGCAGGCGAGGUAUGCUUGUAAGAGCAUCGAAUGGGAAAGGUGUUACAUAUCAAGCAAGAAACACAAAGGAUAUUACCAUGGAAAUGGUCAACAUGCACGAGAAGCAACUAUUUAUGGAUGGUAAAAAGUUGGUUGCCAUUAUUUCUGAAGCUGGGUCAGCUGGUGUUUCGUUGCAAGCAGAUAGAAGGGCAGUAAAUCAGAAAAGAAGGGUUCACUUGACUUUAGAGCUUCCCUGGAGUGCUGAUCGUGCAAUUCAGCAAUUUGGAAGAACUCACCGGUCAAAUCAGACAUCUGCACCUGAAUAUAGACUACUCUUCACUAAUCUCGGUGGGGAACGCCGCUUUGCCUCUAUUGUUGCAAAGAGACUAGAAACACUUGGUGCUUUAACACAGGGAGACCGCAGGGCUGGGCCCUCCGGGCCUUCUUUGAGUGCGUAUAAUUAUGAUAGUAACUUUGGUAAAAAAUCCUUGAUGGUGAUGUAUCGAGGCAUAAUGGAGCAGGAGAAACUACCUGUUCUUCCUCCUGGAUGCUCGAUUGAUGAACCCGAAACAGUUAAAGAGUUUUUGACCAAGGCAAGGGCUGCUCUUGUUGCGGUUGGAAUUGUUAGGGACAGUGUUCUGGCCAAUGGGAAAGAUGUUGGAAGGUUUUCAGGACGUAUUAUUGAUUCUGACAUGCAUGAUGUUGGACGAUUUUUGAAUCGCCUCUUAGGAUUGCCACCUGAUAUCCAGAAUAGGCUGUUUGAAUUGUUUACUAGUAUAUUAGACGUUCUUGUACAUAAUGCUCGGAUAGAAGGAAGUUUUGACUCAGGAAUUGUGGAUAUGAAAGCUAAUAGUGUUGAGCUACUGAGCACUCCAAAGACCGUCCAUGUUGAUCAAAUGUCUGGUGCCUCAACUAUGCUCUUUACUUUUACUCUAGAUCGUGGUGUAACAUGGGAGUCUGCGAGUUCAAUGCUAGAGGGAAAGAGAAGGGACGGGCUUGGUUCAGCUAAUGAUGGCUUUUUUGAAUCUAAAAGGGAAUGGUUAGGAAGACGGCACUUCAUAUUAGCAUUUGAGAGUGCCGCUUCUGGGUUGUUUAAGAUUGUACGUCCUGCUGUAGGAGAGUCGAUCAGGGAGAUGUCUCUUUCAGAGUUGAAAACUAAAUACCGAAAACUAUCUUCUCUGGAGAAGGCUCGUACUGGUUGGGAGGACGAGUACGAAGUUUCAUCAAAACAGUGUAUGCAUGGACCCAAGUGUAAGCUUGGGGAGUAUUGCACGGUUGGACGUAGGAUACAGGAAGUAAACGUUGUGGGUGGCCUUAUUCUUCCCAUCUGGGGAACCAUCGAGAAAGCUCUCUCCAAACAAGCCCGUCACAGCCACAAGAGAAUUCGAGUUAUACGCAUAGAGACUACGACGGAUAAUCAGCGGAUAGUGGGCCUCUCCAUCCCAAAUGCAGCUGUAGAAACUGUUUUACAAGAUUUAGCAUGGGUUCAAGAGAUUGAUGAUUAAGACAACGAGUAUUUAUAAGAAGCAUACACCCUCAAAGCUCCACAAUCAAGUUCCCAUGCCUAUUUUGUAUUUUCUUUAUUUAAGAAAAAGAGGAAAAAGACACUUGACUUUCAUUUUUGUGUAUAUCACAUGACAAAUUGGCAAGAUGAUACAUAGAUGUAAUAUUAUUUAUCUAACAAGAUUCAUUCUUAUGUUCCGUUAAAAAAAA